UUUUGUCUUAUUACAUAGAAAGAUAGUGAAACAAAAUGUCAUCUUCCUUAACCAAAAGCCACCCUCUUUUAACUCAUUCUCUGUUCCUAUUCUUUCCUUCUUCUCUACUUAAUCCUUCAUUUCCAUUCUCAUGGCACCACCCAAAACUAAAAAUGUCCCAUGAGGUUGAUGAAUGCAGAGGAGUCCUCCGCGUUUACAGCGACGGCUCAAUCUGGCGGUCAUCGGAACCAAGCUUCAAACUUCCGGUGAACGACGAUGGUUCCGUUGCAUGGAAAGAUGUCCUUUUCGACCAUGCAAAUAACCUCCACCUCCGCCUCUACAAACCGUCGCAUAAUAAUUCUUCCAAAAAGCUUCCCAUUUUUUACUACAUUCAUGGCGGUGGCUUUUGCAUUGGCUCACGUACUUGGCCCAACUGUCAAAACUACUGCUUCAAGCUUGCCUCCGACCUUCAAGCGGUGGUUAUUGCUCCGGACUACCGUUUAGCUCCCGAAAACCGGCUUCCGGAUGCCAUUGAGGAUGGUUUCACGGCGGUGAAGUGGCUUCAAGCUCAGGCGGUUUCGGAGGCGGAUGCGUGGCUGACGGAGGUUGCUGAUUUUAGUAAGGUGUUUAUUUCUGGGGAUUCUGCAGGUGGGAAUAUUGCUCAUAACUUAGCUGUUCGUUUAGGAGCUGGUUCGCCGGAGUUGUCUCCGGUUCAGGUGAGGGGUUAUGUACUUUUAGCGCCCUUUUUUGGUGGCACUGUGAGGUCUGUAUCAGAAGCUGAGGGGCCUAAAGACGCCUUCCUUAAUUGGGAACUCAUCGACAGAUUUUGGAGAUUAUCGAUUCCGAUUGGCGAGACAACCGAUCACCCCCUAGUGAAUCCAUUUGGACCACGAAGCCAGAGUCUUGAACAACUGAAACUUGAUCCGAUUCUAGUGGUAAUGGGUGAGAGUGAUUUACUGAAAGAUCGUGCGAAGGAUUAUGCAGAGAGAUUAAAAGCUUUUGGGAAGAACAUCAAAUAUGUUGGGUUCCAAGGACAGCAACAUGGGUUUUUCACCAUUCAUCCUAAUUCACAACCAGCGAUCGAGUUGAUGUCUCUCAUCAAAGAUUUUAUCAUUCAAAAUUCAUAAUAUUGUCUGUUGUCUUCUUUAUUUUUACUCCAUUGCCUAAUUUAUGCUUCCAUGGGAGCAUUCAUCUAUAUUAUAAUAAGUCAAAAGUCAGUACGGUUCUUAAAUUUAUAGAUCGGGUUUAUUUAUUAAA